CUCAGGUACUUCUUCACUGAGAGACACACACAGAGACAUGAUGAGCCAAAGUACCACCCGAGCUGGUUCCUGCCAAAGCAAACACAGCUGGGAGGACGACCUCUCACAGCAAGGAAGCUCAGCACUGAGCAUGGAUUUAGAAUGGAAGGAAUCAUUGAAAUUAAUGAGAAAAUCGCUUAAAAAGGAUUUCGAAGCGAUAAUGGAAUCCUUUGACAGUCCGAGAGGACUAAACUUCACAGAAAGUGAGUCCUGGGAAGACCUCCGGGAAAACAACCAGGUGCCCUGCCAACCUAGCACCAGCCGGGGCCAAACCUGCCUGGAGGAGACCCUCUCACUACAAUAUAGUGACUCAGACCAAGAAAGUGAUACACAGAGCCUAAGUUCAGAAAUCAAGGAGUUACUGAACUCAAGGCAAAUGUCACUUACAGAGAAGCUCCAUUUACUAAUGGGACCCUUGAAAGGCAUAGAGGCGCUUGAGGAGGUACAAAGUGAGUCCUGGGACGACCUCCAGGAAAACAACCAGCUGCCCUGCCAACCUAGCACCAGCCGGGGUCAAACCUGCCAGGAGGAGACCCUCUCACAGCACUAUAGUGACUCAGACCAAGAAAGUGAUACACAGAGCCUGAGUUCAGAAAUCAUGGAGUUACUUAACUCAAGGCCAAUGUCACUUACAGAGAAGCUCCAUUUGCUAAUGGGACCGUUGAAAGGCAUAGAGGCGCUUGAGGAGGUACAAAGUGAGUCCUGGGAAGACCUCCGGGAAAACAACCAGCUGCCCUGCCAAGCUAGCACCAGCCGGGGCCAAACCUGCCUGGAGGAGACCCUCUCACUACAAUAUAGUGAAUUGGACCGAGAAAGUGAUACACAGAGCACAGGUUCAGAAAUCAAGGAGUCACUGACCUCAAGGAGAAUGCCACUGAAAGAGAAGCUAGGAGUGCAAACAAAAUCCUCCUGUGUUCUGGAAAAGCAAGUGGACAGAAAGAGUGAGUCCUGGGACGACCUCCGGGAAAACAACCAGGUGCCCUGCCAACCUAGCACCAGCCGGGGUCAAACCAGCCAGAAGGAGACCCUCUCACAGCACUAUAGUGCCUCAGACCAAGAAAGAGAUACACAGAGACAGGUUUCAGAAAUGAGGGAGUCAUUGAAAUUGAAGAGAAUGUCUUUCAGAAGAGAUUUAGAGGCGGUGAUAGAAUCCUUUGACAAUCAGGAUUGGCUUAAGGACAUAGAAAGUGAGUCCUGGGAAGACCUCCGGGAAAACAACCAGGUGCCCUGCCAAGCUAGCACCAGCCGGGGCCAAACCUGCCUGGAGGAGACCCUCUCACAGCACUAUAGUGACUCGGACCAAGAAAGUGAUACACAGAGCACAGGUUCAGAAAUCAAGGAGUCACUGACCUCAAGGAGAAUGCCACUGAAAGAGAAGCUAGAAGUGCAGACAAAAUCCUCCUGUGUUCCCAAAAAGCAAGUGGACAGAGAGAGUGAGUCCUGGGACGACCUCUGGGAAAACAACCAGGUGCCCUGCCAACCUAGCACCAGCUGGGGCCAAACCUGCCUGGAGGAGACCCUCUCACAGCACUAUAGUGACUCGGACCAAGAAAGUGAUACACAGAGCCUGAGUUCAGAAAUCAAGGAGUCACUGACCUCAAGGAGAAUGCCACUGAAAGAGAAGCUAGAAGUGCAGACAAAAUCCUCCUGUGUUCCCAAAAAGCAAGUGGACAGAGAGAGUGAGUCCUGGGACGACCUCUGGGAAAACAACCAGGUGCCCUGCCAACCUAGCACCAGCCGGGGCCAAACCUGCCUGGAGGAUACCCUCUCGCUACAAUACAGUGACUCGGACCAGUCAUUGAACUUCUCUUUGACAGAGCAAAUAGAAGUGCUGAGACAAUCCUUCAACGAUCUGGAGGCUGAAAAGGACAGAUGUAAGGAGUCCUGGAAAGAAGAUAGAGGGUCCCAUCUCCAACAAAUAACCCUGUUGUCCCAAAAAAGUCACGAGCUUGAACUGGAGCUCAAGAAAAUGAUUGCAUGUGUAACCACGCUGCCAACCACAGUUAGUUGUUUUAGGGAACAACAUCAGAAGGACUUAGUGGAAAUUAAUAACAUGCAAGACAUAUGCCAGGAGCUGAAUACCAUCCUUAGAUCAAACAUCCAGAUCAAGGUGGACAUCGAGAAACAAAUCGGGCACUUGCAGAAGCUUCUGAAUUGUCGCAAUGAAAUCCAGGCUUGGGAGUCAGACAAGGAGAUCAUGCUCAGACAGUUAGAAGAGAAGAAAUCUCUCUCUAAGGUGCUUUCAGGCCUAGAAGAAGAGAAGGCAGUUAAAAUGUCGGAGAUCGAACAAAUAAGGCUUGAAAUUUCCGAAGAGGAAAAAAGGCAUGUUGCAGCAGAGUGUCAACCAAAGCCUCCAGCACCAAGGCUAUCACUGUGGAAAAGAUUCACUCGGUGGUUCAGAAAGAAAAUGAACAUGGACGUCUAAUGCUUUGACGUGCCAGUGGAUCAUUUCUUCUGACUGAGUGGUCUGAGUGGAGUGACCAUGUUCUCCGGGCCACUCCGGCAGUAGGACACUUGGCCGUCCAUGGAGGGAGGUUGUGUCUUUGAACUGACUGACAGUUUUCUCUGGGAUUCUGUAUGGGUUUUCUCCGGGCUGCUCCGGUUCUCCCACAAGUAUUUCACUUGAAAAAAAAAAAAAAAAUGAAUCUGGAGAUUUAAACAGUUGGGCAGUAGGACACCUGGCCGUCUGUGGAGGGGGGAUGUGUCUUUGAACUGACUGACGAUUGUCUUUGGGUUUCUGCACGGGUUUUCUCCGGGCCGCUCCGGUUCUCCCACUAGCAUUCGUCUGCUAGAAAAAAAGUCUGCAGAAUUAAACCCACUUGAUAAUGCAGUCAAGUAAACUGCAGACAGUUGGACAGCCAACUGUCAUAUGUUAAUUUCAAUGAUUCCUCACAGUAGUUAACAAUGAUUUUUGUAUCUUUUUUUUUAGACAGAAAUCAUAUUUUUGUUAUACUUCUGUAACAUUUUUCAGGGAAUAAUUAACUGUAUUCCCUGAAAAAUGUUAUUUAUUAUCUAUUUUAUUUAUUCAUGUUUUUGUACUAUAUUUGAUGUUAUUAAAUGUUACCGUCAUGUUCCACUGUUCCA